AUGGCGCAGCCAUCGCCCCUGCAGCCCUCUGCCAACGGUGUGUCGUCGACUUCGCCCGACCCCCCGAGCGACAACUCGCACCAAUCUAUCCCCAGCAAGCGGAAGCGCGACGACGACGGCGACGAGGCGUCCGCCCAACAUCCCGAGACGACGGCUACAUUCGACGACUGGGCGGGCAAAAACUCGGAAGAGCUGCUCAAGUAUUUUCACCAGGUUCUGAUUAGCCUCGACAACGACAAGGCCAUCCUCACGCGUGUAUUGCCCGAAUCCAAAAUAGACCAAGAACCUCAAGUGAAACGCCAAAAAUCCGCUGAAUUGUCGACGCGCUCCACCAUCAGCGAUAAGUUUGUGGCAAAGUCGUACAAAACCAUCGACGACGUCGCCGCCGAUGUCGCUCUGGCUGUCGAUGAGGCCCUGAAAGAUGUCGACGCACAGGGGAAUCCGAAGGAAGCCGUGCGUAUGAGGGAAUUCAAGCGCAAGGCGCUCAAGUUUGCCGCGCAGGAGAAGGCAUACCCCCAGAUCAAGGCAGAAUCUCAGCCGGAAUCGGAAAAGGCCUUCCAAGAAGGCUCAUCGGUUCUGUCCAUAGUUGGCUUUGCGCCGCAAGAACGAAGGCUAUUCUCCAGCUUGCCCAUUUCCGAGGAUGUGGACUUUUCCGACGUGGCUCUGCCAGCCGGCGUAUCCAUCGCCACAGUUGCUAGAUCAAACCAGCAGGUGGCGACGCGAACGCUUGGGGAGCUAUUUGGAUCGCACCGCGCCUUGCCGCCCUUGAACCCUCCCAAGCAGCCAAAAACACAAGCAAAGGGAACCACGAUAGACUUUUACCACCCAGAGCCGACAAACGCGCGUACCAAUUGCUACUUCAAUACGAAGCUGUCCUCUGGAUACUACCUCGACUACAGUAAUGCCAUCCCUUCGUCCCAAACGGUGCCGAAGCAGCGCGAACGCGCCGAAAGUCUGGCCGGAAAGAAGCCGUCGAUGAGCGAACUAGAAACAUCCGAGGUCGAGUCGUUGUUUCGUGGUGCCUUUUCUUCAUUCGCGCCUUGCAAGGAUGACUCGGCUGCUAUUGUGCCUUCUAGCGUCGCGGGACGCAUUUGGUGGCAGCGCUCGGGUCAACAGCUUUUCGAGCGUAUGCUAGAUAUCGAGUUCUACGGAGACAAGCAAAGUAAGGAGCCAGACACCGGGUCCUCAACUGAUGAGAUCGAUGAGGCUGCCAUCCAGGAUGCCAUCGAUCACUGGGACGAGACAGCCAUUGAUCCCUCAUUGGACGACGUCCUGGGCACCCGAAGCAAGGCGGAUAAGGACACCGAUGAUAUCCUCACCGAAGUGUCAGACUUGAUCGAGACACUGUCGUCUUACCAGCGCAUUCGUAAUCUUACGUUGCCCAACUCGCAAAACAGACAGUCUAGCGACCCUGUCACGGGUGACAUGCUCGCCACCGCCGCCCCCGAGCCAUCCGAGGAAGAGGUGGCCACAUAUGAAAUGCUCAAAUCCCAGCUGACCCUUAUUAUCAAGACGCUGCCUCCUUUUGCUGUUGCCAAACUGAAUGGUGAUCAACUGGAUGAUCUUCUCAUCAGCACCAAAAUACAAGUUCGCACAGACGACUAUCAAGGAACCAUGGAAGAGGACGAAGCUGGUGUACAAGCACGUCUGCGGGCUCAACAGCAACAGCAGCAGCAGCAGCAUCAGCAACAACAAGUUGCUCAGGGUGCACGCCAGCCACCGCAGCCGCAACGUACUUCUAGCGCUGGAAGCCAGUUUCCUAACCAGUACUCGGCCGCUGCUCAAUAUGGCACACCCGGCCGCACACCACAGCCGCAGCAAUAUUAUCGCCCAGGCUCUCAGCCUGGCUUCCAACCCCAGCGCAAUGCUACACCGCAGCAGCCUCGUCCGCCCCAACCUAACCAGUACACGCGAUCAAAUGGAUAUGCUGGCAACCAGUACGCCACGCAGCUGGCUAAAGCCCAAACACCAUACGGACACCAGAACAUGCCCCAAUACGCAAACCAGCAACGGCAACAGUUUGCUCAGGCGCCGCAGCCGCAACCCGGGACUCCCAACGCGGCGGGCUAUCACCAGUACCAACCGCCACCGCAACAAGGAGUCGCACCAACGGCUAAUUACCCCGGGUAUACUAAUGGUGCACCCCAACAACUCCCACAGGUGCAGCUGCAGAGACAUAUGUCGCCCCCCGAUCAGCAGCAACGACAGAUUUACAGCCAGUCUCCUAACAUGCAGACUCAGCAGCGAUAUACGACCCCGACGCCUCAGCCCGGCACGCCUGCUCAAGGAGGGCGGUAUGCGGCCGGCGCGAACCAGUCUGGAUACAGCCAGUCGCCCGGCCUCACAGGCUACCAUACGGUGAUUUCAGAGGCGCAGCAGCAGCGUAUCCUGGAGCAAGCCAAGGCGCGUGUCGCUGCCGGUGGCCAGCCCGGAGGGUACUCGAAUGUCGCUCUGGCUGCUGCCCGCGCGUCCAUUGCCAACCAGCAGAAGCCGCAGACACCGACGGGGCAGAGAUCUAGCACCCCAGUGCUACCGCCGCACAGGGUGACACCUGUGCCUGUGCCUCCCAUCCCCGGCACGACGUCUCAGCCGUCACCGCAGUAG